AUGACCCACGAAGCACAUUCUAACGGAUCGAGCGAGGGUGGAUUUAUUAUACCCUCAAAGGCAAUACUGAGUCCUGAUGACCUGGAAACGUGGAAACAAUCACCCACAUAUCAAUCCAUGAAUGUCCAAUCGAUUCUCAAAUUGCUCGAACAGGUCGAAGCAAUAGCUCAGGACACGCCUCCUGUCAAUAAUGACGCAUCCAGAUUCGGAAACCCAGCUUUCAAGGCUUUCUAUGACAAGGUCCAAGAGGCAUUGCCGUCAUUACACAGCAGCAUACCUCACAUCUCUCAAGCGGCUGUGCCUGAGAUUUCACUUUAUCUACAAGAGUGCUGGGGGAAUCGCGCGCGUAUCGACUAUGGGAGCGGAAUGGAAUUUAAUUUUCUAUGUUGGCUGUUCUGCUUGGAAAAAUUAGGCGUGCUCUCGACUGAAGACCAUUCUGCUCUUGUUCUGCGCGUCUUUUGGAAAUAUCUAAACGUAAUGCGCUAUCUACAAAAAACUUAUUGGCUGGAACCCGCUGGAUCUCAUGGGGUAUGGGGAUUAGAUGAUUACCAUUUCCUCCCAUUUUUGUGGGGAAGUGGCCAACUUGUCGGGCACCCACAUCUCCGACCCAAGUCCAUCCAUAACGCUGAGGUGAUUGAAGAAUUCUCUCAGCAUUAUAUGUAUUUUGCUUGUAUCCAGUUUAUCAAUUCCGUCAAGACGGCCUCUUUGAGAUGGCAUUCACCCAUGUUAGAUGAUAUCUCAGGCGUUAAAACGUGGGACAAGGUCAAUUCUGGGAUGAUCAAAAUGUAUAAUGCCGAAGUGCUUGGCAAGCUGCCAGUUGCGCAGCACUUCCUCUUCGGAUCGAUCAUUAAGCGGCCCGACGGCAUUCAAGCCUCUACUGAGGGUACAACCAAUGACCCGCAUUGGGGCCACGCUCAUGCCGGCGUUGGUGCCGUUGGUCAAUCACAUUCCGGGUGGGGAGACUGCUGUGGAAUUCCCGUCCCUAGUGCUUUCGCUGCGGCCGAGGCCGAGAAACGUGGGAACCGACCAGGUGGCGCACCACUUUCGGGAACGGGUAUUCGUCCGGUACCAUUUGACUGA